GUAUAUUAAGUGUCAUCGAGAUAUCUCAACUUUUACCCAAGUUACCGCUUGCACAGAUGGACCAACACACCCUCACCUGGAAUUCAAAUCGUGUUACAAAACCCGUAAUUAAAAAAAAACUAUUACAGUCUAUUGCAACAUAUUGCGAGAGUACAAAAUUAAAAUCUAGCUAAAAUACCUCUUGAAAAAUUAUUUAAAAUAUGUCAGUACCUCGUAAAUACUUCAACUUCUAUCAACCUGAUGUUAAAUUUAACACUUUUGCACUUCAUAUCAAACGACUAUGUUUGUGUAUAACAACAAAUAUAAUAACUAAAACCAAUUUAAAAUUACUCAUAACUCAACUACCGAACUUUUUGGCUUGGAUUCCUGUAUGUAAUUCUACAGAAGUAUUAGAGACUUUAGGUGAAAUCUGUUGUGACUUUGUAAACACUGAAUUAUUUAUAGGAAAACCCACAGACUGCCAGAAUAAGUACGAAUCUCAUUCAAUUUAAAUGUAAAUUUUUAACUCAAAUUCAUGUGAAGAGACCGCAUUGCAUUUCGGAACUACAUGGUAAAGUUGUUUUUGUUUUCCAUUUAUUUUGGUCUACCAAAAGUCUGAUUGAGUUUGUAGCACAGUUGUUGUUAGUUUCACCUCACUUAGUAUUAAAGCUUAGUAAUAAAGCUUAGUUUUUGAAAAGCUUUGCUACGUCUCGCAUAAAUAAAUAUUAAUAGAAGUAACGGCACUCAGAAUUCGUGCUAUUAAAUGAAAGACUGGGGAAACCCCUUUUAUAUGAAAAAAUGAAUUUAUUAUUUUACUGAAGGUGGUGAAAUGCGUAUGGCGCCUUUUUAGUAUGAUUUUUCUUAUACUUCAAGAGAGACCGCUUUUAAAUGUUUCAGAUAUUUUAGAGAACAUUCUAAGUUAUAAUCGAGCUAUUUAACUUAUUUAGUGUAAUUUUAGACAGAUAGAUCCGCGUUUUUAAUCGUUACUAAGGCCAUAAAAGCUUAAUCAGUUACUGAGAGAGCAGUACGUGGAUUUCCACUGUCAAUAUGAUCCAAUUGCAUUUUUUUCUAGUCUUGAUACUGCACUUAUCAAGUGUUCGUCAACUUUUUAAAGGGUUUCAUGACUUUCCUAGGUUAAAAACAGUCUUUUUCAAAAACUUUUUUCUUAAAUAAAUAAUGAAAUAUUUUAUUAGAACUUUUUAAUAUUACAAACAUAAAAUAGCUCUGCAGUUAGCCUAAAGGCUAUUGUAUCUGUGUUGUGUUUUAGCCUAAUUUCAAACUGCCACAUAGUUCAGCUUAAGGCCAUGUACUCUCGAUAAAUAUUUUUACUUAAAAUUGAUAAAUGCUCUUGACAUUAAAAUAACCAAAUAUCUCCUCCCUAAUACUUACUAAUUUUUCAUUCUGGCUUUCCUUUUUUAUGACAGCAAAAAAGAGUGAAUUUUCCAUUAUGAAGCAUUUGCAUUUUUAUAUUACAAAUAUGUAUACCUAAAUAUGACAGCAAGCAGUACAAAAAGUACAUACUUUCGAUUAACCGUAAAUUCUGCUGCAUUUUACUUAGCAAAUAUUUUCUAAAAUUUGCAAUAAUAAAUAUUUAGAACAUGACAUGCCAUUUAUUAUUAUAAAUAUAAAGUGUUUAAUGAAAGCAACGAUUAUUAUUAUCAAAAAAAAUAGAAAUAAAAUCUAUAAUGCAUAAGGUAUUAUUGAAAUUGUUCAACAUUUAAUAUCCUUUCGGCUUUUCAUGGAUUUAAAUUCAAAUAUUCCAUUAAAUAUGUGCUUCGCAUAGACAAUUAUUUGGUAUAUUCAGAGCUAAUUAUUUAUAGCACUUUAUAGCAAUUAAUAGUUAGUUAGCAAUAUUCAUAUUAUCAAGCGAAAGUUCUGUGGAAAGUGUGUGCGGUGCGAGCUCACAGUCGACCGAUUCUUCAUGUCGAAAUUUUCCGAAAUGUGCUUCGAAUUGCUUUUGCCUUCUACGUAUUCACGGGAUCUGAUUGCCAGUACCAAUUUUCUGUUCUGAUAUCAGCACCAAAUACUCGCUAAUAUGAAAUUUGAUGAUUUUCCGAGCAAAAGGUGAAUCCUGCUACAAAAAUAUUAAUGCAAAUGAUGAAUGAUAGUAGGUAUAAUCAUUGCAUCGUUCUCGGUGGUUGUACUGGUUAAUCACCGCCAAUUUGCAAUAACAACUCGAUAUUUUCUUAAAAGAAAUUUCGCUUUCUGUAGAUUGUAGGUUUGGUAUUAAGUUUUUUCUCUCAUUAGGUAAAACUGUCUUGGAAUUUUGAUUAUGGGAGAUUUCACCAACAAGUUUUCGGUUUUGCAUGGCCAUUGUUGCCGACCUGGAUGUUGAGCGUUUCUUCCGAUCUAGCUUGACAUUUAGUUUUACAUCGUUGGCCAUUAGCUUCGGUCAUUUAGCAGCCUCCGUUGUUUCGUUUUAAGAAGACAUUUGCCUUUUGAUCGCAAUCCCCUCCUCAAUCUCCCCUUCGGGAGCCACGGAUCUUUGGAAAUGAAUUGCGGUCUUUACGUACUACGCGGCUUUCUAAAAUUUUCUUUCAGCCAAAGCCUCUUUUUACUUCGUCUGAUUGAACAUGCGGCUUGGCCUUCUAUAACCUUGACCCCCGCUUUGUGAAAAGCUUUCGUCUUCAAUCACUCCUUGCUGAGCUUAGUCUUUAUCACCGGACCAGUACUCUUGGGCUGCCCCGGAGAACGUUGCAAAACUUCUUCUUCGAUUGUGUUAUUCUUCCAGGAAUUCCGAUGUUCGGACUUCUGGGAAUGAGUCACCUCUCUUUUAAAGCGGGUUUAUCUGAGUCAAGCAAUAAACAGCAAUCGCUGUGAACUGUUUCCUUCACAGCAGAGAUAUGACUGGCGACACAGCGAGUAGACUUACUGUGUCCGAUGUUUGUAGCACUUCUCUCGACGACGUUUGGGCCGAUAACGCAGCUCGCUUUCUUCUCUCGUUUAUUUUGAUAUUGAUCUUUAGCAAUGACAGAAGUUGAUAUACAUCUUCUUUUACCACUGUCGUAUUCUAUAGGUUAAAUUUAUGUAUAUAAAUUCUUAAGGUUUUGCCUGAAAUAACAUACGAAAGCCUAUAUAAACGUACAUAUAUAACCGGAAAGAAUAUAAAAGAUCAAAUGGAAAACUUGCUAAUAUACAAACUUCAUUAAAGCAUUAAUAAUCGCGGAGACAAGGCUUCCGGCAAAAAAACACAGCUUAAAAAGAAAUAUACACACUUGCAAAAAUAUAUAUAUUUACAUAAUUAAAAACAAUACCCUAAAAAAUCACAACUUAUAGUCCAAAAUAAGAUCGACCCAGCAGCACAACUAUCUAUGGAUAUACUGCAGACACUUUGCUUAUCCGAAGGGCUAACAAACAACGGUGGCAACGAUAGUGAUUUAGAUUGUAACUUGGAAAGUUUAGGUAUUAUUGGCACGACCGCGAGUUUGAUUGCAAUGUCUGAUGCCGGUGCCGAUGCGAAUUUCACACUUCCGCCAGACAAUCUGUUGGAUUUCGAAUUUGACCCACUCGAGCGUGUGGUAUCCGCCAUUGUGCCAGCGUUUUUCGGCGUCAUCGGUGUUGCAGGCCUACUCGGCAAUGUAUUGGUCAUAUUCGUUGUUGUUGCUAAUCAACAAAUGCGCUCCACUACCAACCUGCUCAUCAUCAACCUCGCCGUCUCCGAUAUUCUGUUUGUCGUCUUUUGUGUCCCCUUCACCGCUGCGGAUUAUGUGCUGCCCACCUGGCCAUUUGGAAAUCUAUGGUGUAAGUUCGUGCAGUAUAUGAUUGUGGUCACCUGUCACUGCAGCGUCUACACGCUGGUCUUGAUGUCAUUCGAUCGCUUUUUGGCUGUCGUUCACCCGGUGACGAGCAUGUCAUUGCGCACCGAACGCAAUGCAAUGCUCGCCAUCUUCUGUGCUUGGAUACUCAUCCUCUCCUCAGCCGUACCAGUGGCUUUGGCACAUUCAGUCCGUCUUUACUAUUUCAAAGGACGUAGUUACACAGCUUGUGUUUUCUCCACCGAGGAGGAGGGUUGGAGUCUAAUCGGAUUCCAGAUAUCUUUCUUCAUGUCUUCAUACGUGGCGCCCUUGACAUUGAUAUCCUUCCUAUAUAUGGGUAUGCUGGCCAGGCUUUGGAGAGCCGCGCCGGGUUGUAAACCAUCCGAAGAGUCCAGGAAAGGUAAACGACGUGUAACGCGCAUGGUUGUUGUUGUGGUCUUGGCAUUCGCUAUAUGUUGGCUGCCAAUACAUCUCAUACUCGUCAUGAAAGCUUUGACUUGGUAUCCCGGCACACAUGCUUCAGUCAUUGUGCAAAUUAUCUCACAUGUCUUGGCAUACACGAACUCCUGCAUCAACCCGAUUUUGUAUGCCUUCCUCUCCGACAAUUUCCGGAAGGCCUUUAGGAAGUUCUCUGGAUUCCAGGUCGUCGGCUGUGGCAAUCAACCGCUCUUCCCUAUGUCACAUCAAGCCACAAAAACAACACGCACCACCGGCAAUGUCACAUCAAAUGCUGAGAUGCUGUAAGCCACAUUAAAACGCCGUUUCUUCUAAUGCAAUAUCAUUAAAAAUGUAAAAUAUUUGAGCAAACAUUAUUACAAUUAAAUUACAUCACAAUUUAAUUAGAAGGA